AUGGAACCACCAAGUCACGCGCGCCUUGUAGCAAUGCGCUUGCUGAAUGCCUCAAACACGCCUGAAAGGCAGCAAACGGCUGCAAAGUCGUCGCACUUGUGUCUGUCUCCUACUGAUCCAAGCGAGGAUCCAUUAGCUAUGGCUUCGCCCGUACUUACUGGCAAGGCAGUGCCCGUCACGUCGCCUGAUCCAGCCAAAAAGCCGCUGCCUGGCCUACAAUUUGCCAUCUCAGCUCAGCGCGCACCUAAUCGCGAACUGCGCUUACCUUCGUUUUCUUGUCCGUCAUAUGAGCUGGAAAACGCCUCGUUUGCUACUAGCAGCGCGGACGAGGAGGAUACGGAACAGGUACAGGAAAAGGCUACUGUUUCUCAGAGACGGAAAAAAGGUUCGCGUCGUGGUACGCUUCAUCCAGAAGCCAAAAAUGUUCUCAAAGCAUGGAUGUUCUCGCCAGAACACUUCGCUCAUCCUUACCCAAGUGAGGAAGAGAAGGAAGAACUGGCAAACGAAGCCGGUAUUGAGGUUAAACAGCUCUCGAACUGGUUUACUAAUGCCCGCAAGCGGCUCUGGCAACCUGUGCUUCGCCAGUCAGGCGUUGAAGUUAAAAAUUUUCUAUCUACAGGACGUGGCGGCCCACGCGGCAACAAGCUAGACGUUCCGCUCAAUCUACAUCAAAUGGUAUCACAGUCACCUGCUCCAAGUCCACCGAACUCGCCUAAAAAACGCUCUUGGUCGGUCAUGCAAGAAAAGUCAACGCCUUCUUCCACAACUGCGGAGCCUUUUGAUGCAAGUAAGAAUUCUUCGGCUUUCAAACGCGUUAAAACACGCAACAGUUUGAGCACUGACGUUUCGGCACCUCAGCUGCACGAUCUUGAGCUUCUAGCCGCAACCUCACUUUUGAGGCUACAACACGUGACUCAGUCAGUGCAUUAA